AUGCCCCCUCCAGGUAUAGCCGAAGGUCAUACUCUUUCCAACUCAAAGGACAUGGGCCUCCAUUCACAGGACAUGAAGCAUUGCCUAUCCAAAGCUGCGAUGCGAUCUCAGGAAAUUUCCCAAACGCUCUUUAGAAACUUGCAGACCUACCACACGCUGCGGUCCCUCCUCGGCUGUCGUGGCUCAUCGGACGGGGGUAGUGACAGGACCACAGCGGUGUAUCCUGCUGCGAUUAAUACAGCGUCGGACGAAGGGUCGAUGAGGAAAUUUCGAUUGAGUUCUGUCCAUGAGCCCAUAUCGGUGCUGAAGAGCAUCGAUAACGCCCUCGACGCCGCCUCGUCAUCGGCCGUACGCCACAAUUUUGAACCCCGCUUUACUAGCACGCUGAUGGCUUCCAUGACAAGGCGAUCGGUCUUGGGGAAUCCUUUCACGGACCCAGGGGAUCCAUACUCCGAGGUUGACAACACCACACCUCUACAUUUUCAUCGUCUUGGGGCCUCCACAGUCGAUACGGAGGGUUUAACCAACGGUGCUUCCCUCCCUCUUCACCCCCAACAUCGCAUUUCGAACAUGGAUGUGUUCGCGGAGGAGAUUUUUAUGAGUGCGUGGAAGCGGGACCAUCCCGACGCGACCCCGGCGCAGGAACACCAGAGGCUGUUGGAGUGGCGAAAGGACCAGAUUGGUCUCCGACGCUUUCAGCUACGCCAGGAGGUGGGUAAACUUCAUCAAGCGAUAAAAGAAGAGGAGGAGAUGGUGAGUACACCGGAUGACGAGGGGUACCUGCCCAUGUCUUUUUCUCUUGAUGCCACUUCAGAGGGGGUUGCAUUCAUGGGGCUGUUCGACGCCGAUGAAGCUGAAGCUGAACGGCAGCGUUGUAUCUGGAAGCAAUUUAUCGAGCCUGAGUCGCUGCCGUUUGCGAAUAAACUCCCUUCGGUAGCCGACGCUAUAUCGUCGGAAGUUGCCGCGUCUUCAUUAUACAUUGUGAAGAAUUAUGCUGUCGACCAUUCGGUAAGGGAUUGGAUAAGAAGUCGAGGUUGGAUUCACCGAAACCAUAUUCACGAGGCGGCCGCAUUGUGUAUUCAGAGAAUGUUUCGUGGUUACACUGCGAGAGUAAAUGCCCAGCGUCGGCGGGUAGCACGUUUUCUAGCCUUAAAGGUGGCUCUGAAUGCGGAGGAAGCAACCAAAAGGCAGUGGGAGGUUUCUUUGAAGAUUUUCCAGCAGAGCUCAGGACAAGUUCAGUCCACUCGAAGCCUCAAUGCACUUUUAUUUUUUGAAAAUAAGAUGAGAGCCAUCAUCAAAAUGAAUCGUGCCCGCAAUGCGGCGCGUGCGGCUUCGGAGGCGGAGGUCGUCAAUUUUGCCGCAACAAGUAUUCAGCGGGUUUACCGUGGCCACAGCGCAAGACAGCUGGUCUACGGCAUGCGGCAUCCGGAGUGGCUGGCGGAAAUCAUGCGCCGGCGUCAGACCCAGGCCGCCGUCCUCAUCCAGACGCUUUGGCGCGGCUACCACACCCGUUGUGAUCUUCGUCGACAUUGCCAAGCGGUGUGGGUAAUUCAGCGAGCCUAUCGCUUUCAUUGUGCCCGCGCGUUGCUGGUGCACCUUCGGCGGAAGCUAACAAGAAAGUCUAUGGAGGAACUACGACUUUUUGCUAUUCAAAUUAUCGUAAGGUUCUUAAAGAAAUCCUGCUCAAAAAAGCGCACUCUAAAGUGCGAAGGGGUAAAAACAACUGGUAGCACCAACCAAGAGAUAACGCAAGGUGAAGAUAAAAUGUAA